AUGCCGCAGGCGGGCACCCACCCGCGCUCCCGGGGCACGGCGCUGCUGGCCCUGUCGCUGGUGCUGGCGGGGUCCCUGGGCGGCGGGCAGCACUACGACUACUACGGCUGGCAGCCCGAGAGCCUGCCCCACGGGCGCUUCUACGGGCGGGAGCCGCAGUGCCUCGACAUCCCGGCCGACAUGCAGCUCUGCCGCGACGUGGGCUACAAGCGCAUGCGGCUGCCCAACCUGCUGGAGCACGAGACCAUGGCCGAAGCCAAGCAGCAGGCCGGCAGCUGGGUGCCCCUGCUCGCCAAGCAGUGCCACACCGACACCCAGCUCUUCCUCUGCUCCCUCUUCGCCCCCGUGUGCCUUGACCGGCCCGUGUAUCCCUGCCGCUCCCUCUGCGAGGUGGUACGGGACUCCUGUGCCCCCGUCAUGGAGUCCUAUGGCUUCCCCUGGCCUGAGAUGCUGCACUGUGGCAAGUUCCCCUCUGACCACGAGCUCUGCAUCGCCGUCCAGUUUGGGAACAGCAAAGCCACGCCGCCGCCAGUGUCCAAGAUCUGCACCCAGUGUGAGAUGGAGCACAAGGCGGAUGGCAUGAUGGAGCAGAUGUGCUCCAGUGACUUUGUGGUGAAAAUGCGCAUCAAGGAGGUGACGGAGGAGAACGGGGAGCGCCGGCUGGUGGCUGCCCAGAAGAAGAAGGUGCUGAAACUGGGCCCGCUGAAGCGCAAGGACACCAAGAAGAUGGUGCUGCACAUGAGGAACGCGGGUACCUGCCCCUGCCCCCAGCUCGACAGCCUCAGCGGCAGCUUCCUGGUCAUGGGCCGCAAGGUGGGCGGCCGCCUGCUCCUCCUGGCCAUCUACCCCUGGCAGAAGCACAACAAGGAGAUGAAGUUUGCAGUCAAGUUCAUGUUCUCCUACCCCUGCCCGCUCUACCAUCCCCUGCUCUAUGGGGCUGGGCAGCACUAG